AUGUCGCAAACAACCUACACAAGUCAGACUCAGCGAAACGGGACCUACGCAGCCGCAAUUGACAAUGGCAAAUUCGAAUGGUGUCCUCGACAGACCACGCAGGCGUCAUCCGCAGCGACAGAAGGAUCGAAUGGCCGCCGGGAGCAGUAUCGCAGCGCCACAAGCAGCGCUGAAUACGAUGCCCCAACCUCGCUGGCUGGUAUUGGGGCCCAAUUCGAACAAAAUCAGGGGCGCAAGUCUUGA